ACUACCAAAUGGACUGAGAAAAACGAAUAAAAAGGUGUCUUACCUCCCUUACUUUAUCUUGGUUGCUUUGAACGAGUUAUAUAUGUCGUACCACCAAGCUCAGUCACAAAUACGCGCUUUUACCAAUCACAAAAUGUACUGUUUGCUUUCCAGGUACUUCAUAGUUAUUUACCUGAAUAAUAAUGGCGACUGUCGAGGUCGUAGGUAUAACUGCAACACAACUGGGAGAGUUACCAGGUCACCAGAUUACUACGCUGGAUUACACGAAUGUUGUACCAAGACAUAACAACUCUAUACCAACUAAGUCAAAAAAAGUAGCCCAUUCACAUGCAAACAGCCACGAUGUAACUCAACCGGACUCAAGUCAGUCGGGAUCCUGCAGCCAAUCAGCGAUCGAAGAUUAUGAUUCAGAGUCCGGAUCUAAAGUGACAACACGAUCGUCAUCGUCAUCAAACCUCGUAUCCGAGAUAUCAGAAACUUUACCGAAGUUUAGUGUGGGAAAAGAUCGACUUUUGCUUGAUAAUUUGAUUCAACUAGACGAGGAGGAAUUCGAUGAGGUUUCGAAUAUUCCAUCGGUUGAUCAAAUGUAUCAGCAGUGGAAAUACGAAAGCGGUUCUAAAAAGCCUCCGAUGUGUAAUAACCGUAACAACCGAAUUCCAGUCACAAAACAAGCGGUGGUAAAAUCAACUAAACCCCGUAAAACGUUGCUGAGCGGCUGGGAGUCAGGCAAACAAACUUUACCGCAACGAGCUGCUGAUAAAAGACAGAAACCCAAAGCAAACGCGUUCACAGUAAAAUCGUCAAAGGAACGAAAUAAUCUCCAUGACAAGUAUCUACCCAACACAACUUCAAAUGACAAGUUCUUUCACUACACUGAUAUUGCGCUUUAUAUCAAACAAUAUCGAAGAGAACAUUGCCAAUACAACACGAUUAACUUGCAAGCGAAUGGAUACCGCGAGCAACUGGACAUGAACCAGUGUGUACGAUGGGAGCCGAAAGAAAUGCACUUUCCACUUCAUCUUGAUUUGUCGUCCAUGAUCGAAAGGAGCCAACAGAAACAUAGACUAACAAGCGUUUCUCAUUUUAAUCUUCCUGACAAGUUUGGACAAGAUGCAUGUGGAGAGCCUUGUGUGAAUGGAACCAAUUACGCACGACCUGCUGUUAUGAAGGGAUCUGACCACCCUUCCCACCAACACCACAACAUAACGCCUGUAAUUCUACGUCCUCCACAUCAAAACAAAUCACCCACCAACCCGAGAUCCAUAUCUAAAGUUCACGACGCACCACAUGCUAGAAUAUCCGGAUCGAUCUGUAAAGCGUGGAAAGAUGACUUGCGCAAAACUGGGACACAAAUAAAUAAUGUGGAAGUACCAGCAGUUAAAAACCAGGUUCGACCUUGUUCAAAACCUUCAGCUGAACAUGAGGUAGCAGCCAAGGAAUGUUCAACGUUAGCUCAAUCCACUGCGGUUGGCCCAACGUACAACACAGCUCGGUGUAUUCAUACUGCGCCCGAACCCACUGUACAUGGUGAUGACGUCAUUAGAGAUUCGAAUAAAUCUGAAGAUGACGUCACAUCAGCGUUCAAACAAAACGAGUCUACCCCGUACCAAAUAAACCACAAAAUAUUCGGAAAUUCGAGAUAUUUGCGUUCACGAAGUAUAAGCCCGGACAUAGAAACAACUACAGCUCUACAAAAAUAUUAUCUUCGAAACGAUUUGGAAAUUAAUACGGUGGUUCCAAAGCAAUUAAGCUCUUCUAAGUUUAAAAGAAAAGUUGAAGUUACCACCCAAUUUACAGAUGCGACAGAAAAGAAAGAAGUUCGCCUUAAAGCUCAAAUUGCUGCCGAAAUUCAUAACCUUCAGCAACGUAGAGCAAUGUCAAACGAGCAAAGACAAAAAUUGGAUAACUUUCGACGAGCUCUUUCAAACACUACUUACCAUAAAAAGUCCACCAACUCGAUAGCACCACCAAGCGAAGAAAGUUCCCAAAAUAUCGCAAGCAGCAUCAGAGCUUUGUAUGCCCGAACCACAAGAACAGUAUCAGGAAGCGGUAGACAAGCAAAACAAGUAAACAGUACAGCCUUCGAAAGCUUAGAAGAUAAUCAACCUAUUAUAUUUGUUAAGUCCAGCGUUCCGCCAAACAAUGAAGCUAAUGAGAACAUACCAACAAAUCAGACGAAUAUUAUAGGCGGUGUUGAACGAGAAAAGUCGCCGGCAUGCGGGAGUACGGAUAAAAAACAAUUUAACAGAAUCUCAGAACUCUUAAGAAUAAAAAAGAGAAAAGAAGAUAAAGUCGUCACAAUCGCCCGUGUCACGUCAUCAGGAACCACCACCGUAACGAGGGAACGAGCUCGAUUAAGAAAUAAGAAAUAGGGUUUUGAAAGUCAUAUUAACUUGCAAAAUGCUGAAGCAAAGACAUUGUGAUUGUGCUUGUAUUUGAAAUAGUUUUCGCCAAUUAAAAAUUAGUUUACAACAA